AUGUCGUCGGAGUUCGCGAAGGGCGGCGACGCGCCCAUGGCGACGGCGAACGCGACGGCGGGCUGGCCCUGGGCCAAGGACUACGUCGGCCCGCCGGCGAACCAGUCCGUCUGGGCCGUGAGAGACGGCAAGCUCUACCUCGCGUUCCUGCGGGCGGUCAUGGACGCGUUCCUCGACGACUUCGACGCCUUGAGCGCCGUCGCCGAGGGCCGCUGGGAGACCUUCUACGGCACGUCGUCGUCGGCCCCGACGGGGCCCUUCAACACGCAGUGCCUCGCGAGCGGCUACGAGUCGACACCGACGCGGACCUGCACCUACGCGCCGCAGAAGCUCGCCGGCAUCGAGUCGCCGCGCGCGCUCGACGACGCCUGCCGGUCGGCGCUCAACGCGUCCUGCGGAGACGACCGCGGCGACAACCCCGUCGCGGACUUUUCGUGCUCGGAGUGCCUCACGACGCACGCGGCCUUCCUGACGGAGUCGUGCCCGGCCGCGGACGACGGCACGCUCCCGGCCAAGGUCGACCGGGCCUACUGCUGGUAA